CGCUGCAGAAGGUCGCCCAGUCCACGCGUUCACCCCACUUGCCUUGCUUCUGGCGGAUACCACAGCUCUGUUGCCCCUCAUGAGCAUCAACAAAAUCGGUCUUUUUGCAAUGGCGCCGCUGACGCUGCUAUGGCUGACGGCGCUGACGGGCGGUCUGGUGGCCGGGCAGCCGACGCCGCCCCCGCGGCCGUCGCUGCGGCCACUGGCGCUGCUGCUGCAGCCGCCGCCCGCCGCCGCCAACCUCAUCCCCGGCGGCAGGUACGCCGCCUCCCGCCCCGGACUCAGCGUCGGCGCCCACGGAAACAACGGCCGCAGCCACGAUAAGCCCGCGGCCUUCUCAGGUAACUGGCCGUUCGUGUUUCCGUCUUCUGGGAAGGCAGCGACGAAGACGUUGACGCCGACGACGACGAGCGCGCCUCCAGCGGCUAGUAAGAGCACUACCAAGAAGGCACCCCCGGCUCCUUCGGAGACUAUUUUGCCGCUGCGUUCUGAGCCGGCACCCGACAGGGCCGCCGACAUCGCAGCCGUCGACGGUUUUUCUCAGGUGUUUGGGAGGGGCAACUCCGUGCUGGACGAGCCGCAGAUAUCUCGCUGCGUAUGGGCCAUCGUGACCUGCUGCAGCCCCAACUCGAAGGCGGUGCGCUACGGCUGCUUCGAGCAGUCCGGCUGCCACGGCGCCUUCUGGGACACCAGCCCCUGCGAGCGGCACAUCACCAGCUCUGCGCUCGAGGCCGCCCUCCACUUCUACCUCUAGGCGGAUCCACCACCGUCCCAGACUGCUCAGCAGCGGCGCUUCAUCUCUCUUCGUCUAUUGUGUGUACCAGAGCGGCAGGUUCUGUUUGCCGCUGGCCAAAUGAAGGAGUGACGGGGAACUGGCGAAGAGCUAAACACCUCGUGUACCUGUCCUGCUGCACCCACAACUUUACACUUUCUCUCAGUUCUCUGCACUGUAGGGUAAUGUCUACUGUUUGGUCUUCGGCUGCAUCUACCGAAUGACGGAUGCCAGAGGCAGAUUUGGAGAAGGGAAGUAGAACUCACGCAAAGUAAUACGGCCUUUGUUCAGAAACAUAAUCUCAGGCCUGGGCGACUCCAUCUCUUUGUGCCAAAGACGCUUUGCACUUCCUUCUUUCCUUCACUGUGUGCUUCGGCCAUUAGGAGCAGCCCAGUGUCCUUUUUAUUUUUUUUGUAUUCUACUCUGGCGCAAGUUCCGAUAUGGAAGACUUUGUGUAUAGCUUUCAGCUGAUCUGCACCUCCCCUCCUCUUCCCUACUGUGCCAUGGCCAUUUACGAAGGCACGCUCUCCCACCACUACCGCUGUCACCUCCCCAGUCAUGCCGCUCGCACAGGUAGAAUCAGAGUUAUUCUGCGCGCACCUUAGCUUAGUAGUUCAUGUGUUCCUAUUUCUGCUGAGGUCUCUUUGUUUUUUAUCAUUUUAAAACUUUUCAUUCCCCAGCUAGGGCCAGUUGUUCGAGUAAUGAUAUGGCGUUGCGGCAGAGAGAGUCCCCAUUGGGAAUAUUUGGAAGGAGAUUUCUAGCUCUCGCAGUGGCCUUAGAAUCAAAAGAAACGGCAGAUGGGGAUUGAUUUUAGUUAAUUUCGGCACAAACUGUGCAAGAUAAACAGUGUGAACACCUCAUGAAUGUGCCGCAAAAUCGAUCGCUUUAUUGUAACAAGGCUUCUGAUAUAAACUACUCCAAAUGUAGCAUGUUAUGUACAGUAAGACUGCGAGAAACACGGUAGUAAAUGGACCGAGUCUCAUUUCUGGCAAAAGCCGUCAAAUUCCCUCUAUACUUUUCACGAACUUCUACUGAGCCCAGUUCAAAGGAAUGAAACUCGGCAUGGAGGAAGCAGCAGUAUUACGCCUAUUCGAUUGUAUGGUUUUGCAAAAAACGUCACUUCGAAAUCUUACUGGUUCACUAGUUAUACGUUUUCAAAGCACGAUCUGGCGCACAAUUGUAACAUGUUAUUUGCGUUUUUCUCAUUCUAUUGAUUCUAUCGUCCUCAUUCUUGUUGCCCUUCUGUAAAUGCUUCCUCUGAAAGAUUAUAUCAGCAGCUCUAUGUUGCAUAGUCAAAAUCUGUAUCUGUAAUGGCAGUGGAUGACAUAUUGUAAUCUCAGUGACACAUGCGUUGACGUCCAGCAUGUACGACUUCCUGAGCGAUUAGAAACUUACUGCAAUUAGUUUCUCUCUCUAGUGCUCUCACUUUAUUGUUGACGUGUGACGAAGUUUCUACUUUCUUGUAAUGGUUUUCGGCAAAAUCUUGAAAAAAAGAAAAGGUCAACCGGUGGAAGGCAAAAGGUCACGUUGAAUCGGGCUGGUCUUGUGAGCAGAGACAAAGUCAAGAUUCGAUGCCUGUACAGACUCGCUGCUUUGUGGGUUUCAGUGACUGUCAAAGUUCUCCUUCUGCUUGCUUGUGCUAAGUAUCUGUAAGGAGAACGCCACGAAGGGGUCUGCCAACACAAUCUCUGUGCUCGCUAGAUGCUGAAAUAUACCUGUUCUUUCACAGAAUAUGUAUAACGUUUCUUCAUAAUAGUUCUUCUGAAACAAUUUUUUUCCGAAACUUUUUCUGACCAAGUAAAUACAAAGGAGUCUAGUGAGUAUGAAGAAUACAACUGUUGUGUUGCCAAUAUUGAUAUUUUUGUAACAAAAUCAAAAUUUACUGCUGUAAAUCAUUUCCUUAAUGCACUCAUUUCAAAUUGAAAUGAACACAAUUUGGACUGCAUAGUAAUAUUUUAUACGUUAAAAUCCUAUCCUAAGCUCUAAUACAAGUAGCUUUUACAUUUUUUGUCUUCCAAAUUAAUUUUUAGUAACAUAUGAACGUCUCAUUGAAAAUAAUUGUUGCUUUCUCACAUAUUAAGCUUUCUCUAGUCUUAUUUUGUAGCAGCUUUUGUUUCAGCUGAAGAAAAUAAGAUUAUUUGGUUACAUGUUUGAUGCCAUGUCUUCGUAGUGAAUGCAGCAAACAUUUGUAUUACUGACACUUAUAUUGAAUUAUUUACUUCAGGAAAAGACAGUUCAACGCUGUUACAACGGUAAAAUUCAAUGCUGAGCGUUGUUGUUUGUUAAACCUUCAGCAAUUUAAUUUGAUAGUAAAUUUAUUGUUAUACUGUUUGACGCAAAGACAUUAAGACGCAGAAAUAGUCAUAAUUUAUUUAUGUGCAAACUUUUGUUGUAUUUUUAAAAUUUAUUGAUAAACAGUGCCAGUUAAGGAAAUAUGAGAUACACACCAACUGAUUAAUUCUAUGGCACCCAGUGGAAUUAAAUAAUUCAGUAGAAUUAAAUAAUUUAGUUUUGUUAAGAAUCCAAACUGACAUUAGCCCAUGUUUUGGGAUCCAUAAAUUGCCAAAGCUAAUAAUAGAUAACAGUUCACAAGACAAUGAAUGUCUGAAUUAUCAGAAGUUUGAAUAGUAAAUUAGUUUUUAUUAUUAAGACUAAAUAAAUAAAUUCAGACCUGUAGUACAUAUCAAAUAUAUUCCUGUUCCUUAACUAGUACAAAUUUUUAUCUUUUUUGUGACACUCUAUAAGAGCUGUGAUAUUACUUGCGAUUACAACGGUGAGAGCAAAAAAUGUUUUUUGUGCGAGAUCAUGCCUGUAAGAAUUAAAAGCGCUUUCUUUUUAAGUGAUUAUUUCAUUAGUUUGUAAGUAAGUUCGUAAUAAAACGAUACUCUAUCCUCUAA